UGGGUUUCCAAUUUUAUGUUUUUCGCGUUUGCUUCGAAAAAACGGACUUAUUAAAUCGAUUAUUGAGAGUUAACAUAAAAUAGUUCAAGCAUAAACGUUAAUCUAUAAUCCCAUAAGUAUUCAUAAUAUACAUUAGGCGACAAAUGUUUGUGUAGGUUCUCUAGAAUAUCUUUCAAGUGGUAUUUCAACUAAGAGAAAAUGGCAGUGGAAAGAAGGAUUGAUAUCACUCAGCCCCUGUGGGAUCAAGCUACAUUUGUUGGAAGAUUUAAACACUUCGCCUACAUCUCCAAUCCUCUACUCUCUCUUGUCCCUGAGAAAGAACUUUAUGAAGCAAAGGAGUUGUAUUUUAAAUACAAGAAUGGCCAAGAACCAGCGGGCACCACCUACGAUCAGAUCGUCCGAGCGAAGCAGCUGUAUGAAUCGGCUUUUCAUCCUGACAGCGGGGAGCUUCAGAAUGUCUUCGGGCGGAUGUCAUUCCAGGUGCCUGGAGGAUGCCUCAUCACUGGCGCCAUGCUGCAGUGGUACAGAACAGCAACAGCAGUGGUAUUCUGGCAGUGGGUGAAUCAGUCUUUCAAUGCGCUAGUCAACUACACCAACCGCAACGCAAACUCCCCUCUCAGCGAAAAGCAAAUGGCCGCCGCGUAUGUCUCCGCCACAUCGGCAGCUAUGGCGACGGCUUUGACGUUCAAAUUCGUUGUCCAGAAGAGAGCUAAAAACCCUAUAUUGGCUAGGUUCGUACCGUUCGUCGCCGUGGCGGCCGCCAACUGGGUCAACAUACCGCUCAUGAGACAGAACGAAAUAUUGUUAGGUCUAGAGGUAACUGAUGAAAACGGUAAGGUGAUUGGCAAGUCGCAGCUUGCGCCGGUCAAGGGCAUCUCGCAGGUCGUCACUUCCAGGAUCGCGAUGUGCGCGCCCGGCAUGGUGCUGCUGCCGUUCAUCAUGGAGCGACUGGAGACGCGCGCGUGGAUGAAGCGGGUGAAGUGGGCGCACGUCGGCAUACAGACUGCUGUCGUCGGCAUGUUCUUAACAUUCAUGGUGCCCACUGCCUGUGCCAUAUUCCCGCAAAGAUGUAAACUAUCAAUCGACACAAUCAAGCGUUAUGAGAGCGAAAACUACGAAGAAAUUGUGAAGAACACGAACGGCAAACCGCCCCAAUAUGUCUACUUUAACAAGGGACUAUAAACAUA